CCCCUGUAAACAACGCUCAGUGCGAAUUUAACUUCCGUUUACUUGCAGUUUGAUUUUUGGCUUUUUAAGGUCACGAUUGUGUGGGGAAACAUUAUCAGUCAUUACUCCGUCUUUUUUUCCCCCGCCAUUUUUUAGGGGGUACCUACUUGUGCUACACAGAGAGUUUGUAUAAAGUGACAGUUUAUGUUAGCUGUGCUUGGCUAGCGACUUCUUGGGAGGAUGAAUAGCGUUGGGGAAGGCUGCACGGAGCUCAAACGUGAGUACGACCAGUGCUUCAACCGCUGGUUCGCAGAGAAGUUUCUGAAAGGAGAGCGGGACGGCGAUCCUUGUACGGAGAUGUUUAAGAAAUACCAGCUUUGUGUCCAUAAGGCCAUCAGGGAUAAAGAUAUUCCGAUUGAUGUGGAAUUCAUGGGACCGAACAAGGAGAAACCGGAGUGCUGAUGUGGAUAAUGAACGUUGAACGUUAAUGUUACACCUCGAUCUCAUCUUCAUAUACUUUUCUUUAUGGAGGCGUCAGGAUGAGAAUUAACAUGACCUGACUGAUGUGCUGUAAUCACUCUUUACGGGGAAAGUGAAAGUCUGAUACAAGGAUUUAAAAGUUCAGAUGAAAAACGUGGGUUAUGGAUUUAUUUAAUUAUAUGGAAUAAUAUAAUUAUAUAUUAAAUUAUAUUCCUUUAUGUAUUUUUUAAUUUUUUAUUGAUUAUGGUAAGAGGAGCCAUCCUACUUGCUUCAACUAAAUUGUUUUUAUUUGUCUUGUUUUGUGUGAUUGUUCUCAUUGUAUUGCAUAAAUUGUCAUGCGAGAAACAGGUAUGAAAUCAUCUUAAAGUAUACCUUACCUUCAUGCACAGUUGUACAGUGUAGGAUUGUGUAUAUGACAAAUUAAACUUAAAAUUUGAGUAAGCUGUAAGGUUUUUUUCAAAGCUGCACAAAGAGCUAAAGUUGUAUUUUCUACAUAAAAAUAUGAGUGUAAAAAACAUUUUAUGAUCUUUCAACAAAUUCAAAGAAAGAUUAAAUUGAAUAUACUGAAUAAACCCA